UGACGUGGCAUAUAAAACGCCAUCUUCUUCUUCUUCGUUUUUUUGUCCGCCAUCUUGGUACGGUGCUGCAGAAAGACCAAAUCACUUCCAAACAUUUGGACCGUCUACAUUUACUGCUGCAGAUAAAACACUUUAAUCACAUCGUCGUUAAGAAGGUUAAAGAAAAAAACCUGCCAUCAUGGGGAAUGUGUUCGCCACCGUGUUUAAAAAUCUAUUUGGGAAAAAAGAAAUGAGAAUCCUAAUGGUUGGGCUUGAUGCCGCUGGAAAAACAACAAUUUUGUACAAGCUCAAAUUAGGCGAGAUAGUUACCACUAUACCUACUAUUGGAUUCAAUGUAGAAACUGUAGAGUAUAAAAAUAUAAGUUUUACUGUUUGGGAUGUUGGUGGACAGGACAAAAUUCGACCUCUAUGGCGCCAUUAUUUCCAAAACACUCAAGGGUUAAUUUUUGUUGUGGAUAGCAAUGAUAGAGAAAGAAUUCAAGAGGCCUGUGAAGAAUUAAACCGGAUGCUUAAUGAGGAUGAACUGAGGGAUGCAGUGGUACUUGUUUUUGCUAAUAAACAGGAUUUACCAAAUGCUAUGAAUGCUGCAGAAGUGACUGACAAGUUGCAAUUGCAUGGCCUGACUAAUAGAUCCUGGUAUAUCCAAGCAACGUGUGCAACAAGUGGAGAUGGAUUGUAUGAAGGACUUGAUUGGUUGUCAAAUCAAUUGAAAAGUGGGAAAUAAGUUCCAAGGAGGAAAUGUUUGUAUGAAUUCCAAAAGUGGCUGUCUGCGGGUUGACUGCUGCCUGUCAGUAUGCAAUCACUUUUGCUCAUUCCCUCAGUUUCACAUUGUCUGUACAGUCCGUGUUCAUUUGUUAUUCAAUUUCAGUGUCAGGGUUUCAGUUCUUUCUCUCGCUCGCCUGUUGGGAAACUGGCCCUUACACAAUGUAAGAUAAAUUUAUAGUUCUUUAUGGUCAAAGCUAUAGACUAUUAAUAGGGGUUACUCAGAAUGUUCUUCUCGGCAGCAGCAGUGGUGAUGGCACUGUGCCAUGAUAGUGAUGAUGGUGACUGUUUCUUUUAAAUUACCACUAUCACCACUGCUGCAAAUAGGUAGAAAAUUAAAUAAAAAAAAAAUUGAAAAAAAAAUUGAAAAAAAUUGAAAUGCCAUCAGCUCCAUCAGCUUUUUUUUUUUUUUGUUUUUUUUUUCCGUUCAUAACAGAACCUUUUUCUGUUAAAGUUUAAUUAAUUUACUUUUUUUUUUUUUUCCUGUAAAUUUUUGUCUCCUCCUUCAAGUUGCUUGGAAUUAAUGAUGUGGACAUUCUAGUAAUCAUAGAGGGUGGAGAAUCAUUUUUUUUUUCCCAGAGAAAUAAAGCAGAACUAUUGAAAAAAAAAAAUAUUGAAUCAGCAAAACUUAACAGCUUGGUAUUGGUCAGUUGGCCUCUCAUGGCAUCUUCUUUCUUUCUUUUUUUUUUUUAACUGUUGGCUGUAAACUUUUAAAUCUAAAGUGUGCUUAUAUGUUUUUUUUUUUCUCUCAAACAUACACCAUUUUUUUCUGAACCAAGUUAGACAUUCCAUGCCCCUUUCCCUAUUUCUGACAACUAAUGCAUUCUUCAAAGACUAUUUCCACUUUGGUACUAAUGAACUCAUCACUUAUCCCUGGGGUAUUUACUGCCGCAUUUGCAUAAUUAGCUGGGGGGUGGGGUGCUUCUUAAACUUUUGUUCAAUUUUUUUUUGUUUGUGAUUCUUAGGCAUGGCAUUAGAAUUACAUUCCAGGUUAACUUUGCUUCAUAAAAUAUUUUUUUCUUUCCUUUUUGCAAAAAUUGAGCUACCUUUAUUUAUCUUUAUUUAAAAAUUGCCAUAAGUGGCAUCUAAAUUUGUUUCCUUAUUCCUAUUUCCAUUGUGCUACGACUAAUCUCAUUGCCUGAAUACAUAAUCUUCAGCUAUAGAAUGUGAGAAAUAAGAGUGAUAAUUAUAUAGAUAUAUUCUCUGUAUAAUUGGCAUUAUAUGAGGGGGUAUCUGGUUGUAGGUAUCAUCAGAAAAUUGCAGGGAUAGACUCAUCUGUUAUUCGGAAAUUUAAAAAGAAAAAAAAUUGAAAAAAUAUUUGGAAACAUUUAUUGAGGAGUUCUUGCAUAUUUAUAAGUCAGCUUUAAAUUGUAUGCAGAAUUUUAUUUUAGUUGUUGUUUUUAUUUUAAUUUUAUUUUCUCUAAUGUUAGUUGUGUUCCUCCUCCCAUAUUUCCAACACUGCAUGUUAAUACAUUUUCUACUGAUUCUUAGUUAGCAUGAAAUUAGUUGCAACCAAUAAAUAAUAUAUAUUAUAUCCAUUGCAAUCUUAUGUUGACCUUGACAAUACCCUUCCCAAUCUAUUUUUCCUAUUUCUGUGAUGUGAUAACAACCUACCAAGGUGGGCUUGUUGCUCAACUUCAUGCAAUAACACCGUUUUUUGUUCCUCUGGAAUCACUUAAACGAUAAAUUUGAGUUGGCUGAAAGUCUGCAAGUGCAGUUAUUUUGAAAUGACUGACCACCACUCCUAAUAGCCAGUAAUUCUUGCAUGUCAUUUGCAUGGAUUAUUCAAAUGUAUACUGCAUACAGAUCUAAUAAAUAUUUGAACUCCCCUUUUCAUUGCUAAU